AUGACAAUGUUGGCGUACGAGGUGGUUCCGCUGGAGGAUUUCUCCAAAGAGUUUGGGUCCACAACAGAAUUAUCGAGUGUAUCCAUAGGAGGACAGGUGGUGAAUGUUUCUGAUGAAUUCUUUGCUGAGGCAUAUCAACUGCUGCUAGUCGAGCCGCCCGUAAGCCUUGCUAAGCAGUAUGGACCGAACGGGGAGCUUUAUAGCGGAUGGGAAACGCGGCGACACAACCCAACGUAUGACUGGUGUACUAUCAAACUGGGAACGACAGGGAUAAUCACUGGUUUUGACAUUGAUACAACUCACUUUAGUGGUAAUGAAGCACCAGAGGCUUCUGUUGACGCUGCAUGCGAAUUUCCAAACGAAGAAACAAUGUGGGAAGGCAUCCUUCCUAAAGUACGCCUAGGACCAUCACGCCGACAUCUUUACAAGAUACCUGCGACAGGACAGGCUACAUACGUCAGACUUAGAAUUUAUCCAGAUGGAGGGAUCGCCCGCUUUCGCGUUUAUGGACAUAUCACGCCUGUAUUUCCUGCAAAUCCUGUAGAACCCUUUGAUUUCGCUCAUAUCUUCACGGGCGGUAAGGUCGUCGCUACAUCCAACGACCAUUUUGGGUCAAGCUCGAAUCUUCUUCUUCCGGGCCGAGGGAAAGAUAUGGGAGAUGGAUGGGAAACCAAAAGAAGCUAUACGAAGGAUCACCAGGACUGGGUCACUAUCAAACUACUGCUAAGCGUCAUUCAGUUUUUCAGGGGUGCUCCAGGAUACUUGUCAACGGCAAUCAUCGAUACCAUUCAUUUCAAAGGCAACUUUCCAGAUAGUUGUGAUAUUCGGGGCAUAAACAGUCCAGACAUCGCGCCAGAUGCAAAUAGCGACGACUGGAAGAUAAUUUUAUCGCCCGUUAAAUUGGGCCCCCACCGCAUGCAUUUCUUUCGGUUGAGCAACCCAUGCGAGCAGUACACACAUGUCAAAGUAUCAAUUUACCCUGACGGUGGCAUCAAGCGGAUCAGGAUCAUAGGCACGACGGCGGCAAAGUAUGAGGCAGACAUGGCAGAAAUAACAACACGGGCAGACGGAAAACAUCAGACCACUCCAAUUAUUGUCGAGGAGGGUUGGGAGGUUAUUGAAGAUUGA